AUGGAGGUGAAGCAGGGGCCACAGGAGUGGCGAGCGGCAAAGACAGUCGGAGCUCCGGCAAACACGGCAAAUUCCGCAAACCUUAUUCCAGAAAACUGUACAGCGUCAGUCAUCGCUGCUCCCCACCAUCGUCAACGUCGUCCUCCAACCUCAAGUAAAAUGGGAAAAGUUCACGGAUCCCUCGCCCGUGCCGGCAAAGUCAAGUCUCAGACCCCCAAGGUCGAAAAGCAGGAGAAGAAGAAGACUCCCAAGGGCCGUGCUAAGAAGCGCAUCAUCUACAACCGCCGGCGGCAAGCGGAGAAUACAAACAUGCAUCUCAUGUCUUUCGCUCCUAUCUGA